AUGAAAAUAACAUCUUCAAUUGCUAGAAAAUCAGUUAAUUAGUCUAAGUCUAUGAAUCAGAAAAAUAUGGCAAUUAAUCAAACCACCGAGACUAGCCUUGAUAUUCACAAUUCUAAUGCGCAACCCUCUUCUCUGACAGUCAAUUAAAAAUUGCAGGGUGGGCUAAACUAGAAUCAAAAUAAUAUCAUAAGUCAAUAAUUGUUUGAAAACCAGGCAAUUGGUUCAACUUUAGACUCUCAGUUAACUGAAAACCUUCACAGAGUCUACGAUGUUGAUGAGGGAGAAUAUAGAGAUAUCAGAGACGAUGAGAUUUGUUCCAUAGACUCAACUGCCUUCUUUGAUAAAAGAGCUGGCAAGAAAUUUACUCUGUUGCCUAGGUCUUCAACCGUCCAGAGUAAGUUCUGGAGUCUGUUUUGGAAUAGAAAGGACAAAGCAAAUAAUAACCUCAUUAAAGCAGCGAAGGAUGGAAACAAUAAAAAAAUUUUGAAACUGCUUAAUAGGCUGAAGAAACCAGAAAAAAUAGCUGAUAUUCACUUUUGCGAUACUCAGGGGUUAUCUGCUCUGCAUACAGCAAGUAAAUACAAUUAAUAUGAAGCCUUGAGAUUACUUAUACUAUCAGGGGACGCUAACAUCAACAUGCCUACAAUGAACGAAUUAAGACAAACUUCCUUGCAUAUAGCUGCUAUUGAGCAACAUAUUCUCCUAGUGAAAUCACUGAUUUAGGAAUUUAAUGCUGAUGUGAAUUGCUAGGAUGGAUAGCUCAAUACCCCUUUGCAUUAUGCUGUUUAAACUAACAACCAUAGAUUAGUGAAAAUGAUAUUGGAAUCGAAUGCAAACCUUGAAUUAACUAACAUGCAAAAUUAAAAGGUGAAUGAUCUCUAAAUGAGAUAGAAUAUAAAAUAAGAGCUAUAAUAAUACGAAAGGAGAAAAUUAAGAAAAUUAUCAGAUGGAGCGAGCAGCUAAGGCAAUCGGGUUAGGCCUACCUCAAAAGAAAUUUCUGUUCAAGAAAAGCAGUCUCUUUAUUCUAAACAGAGUUUGAAACUGACUAACAAAAAGGAGGAAGAGAGACUAGGUUUGCUUAUUCAAGACACAAGCAAUGAAAAAAUUAGAACGAAAUCAAAAAAUGCAUAGUAACUAACUAAACUUGAUGAUGCUUUGAAGAAAAUAGAUUUUAAAGGUCCUAAAUAGUCCUAAAACUUAGAAAAUUUGAUUUAAGAUUUGAAUAGUCCUAAUUUAAAUGAACAAGAUACUCUGCAAAAUUCUGGGGAACAUAGUUACCAAGAUGAAAUCGAUCAAGAUCUCAGAUUAGAAGAAGACUAUCUAAGAAGAAUUAAGGAAACAGAGAAAUUAAGAGAGGAACUAAAGAAGCAGAUAUAGGAUUAAAACUCACCUAAGCCUCAAGUAAAAUAGAAAACAACAAUCUAUAACUUUAUUCCAAUCGCAAAAUUAGGAGAGGGAUCUUACGGUUAGGUUUACUUAGUUGAAGAAAUAGACUCCAGAAAGAGGUAUGCAAUGAAGAUGCUUGACAAAAAGAAAAUCAUUGAGUCAGAUCUACUAAGGUACACAGUAACUGAAAAAGAGAUUUUGCAAAAAGCUGACCACCCAUUUGUUGUUAAGCUUUUUUACGCAUUUCAGACCAUGAGAUAUUUCUUUUUGAUAUAAGAAUUUUGUCCCUGUGGAGAUAUGUCAAAACUGCUGACUAAAAAGAAAAGAUUAACUGAAGAUGAGGCUAGAUUAUAUAUUGCUGAGGUAAUUCUUGCAAUUGAGUACCUUCAUUCUUAGAAUAUUAUAUACAGAGAUCUCAAGCCAGAUAAUAUCAUUAUAGAUUCUGAUGGGCAUCUUAAAUUGACAGAUUUUGGGUUAUCCAAAGAAAAUGUUGAUUCUGAAUGCCAUUCAAAUUCAUUCGUAGGAUCAUAUGCUUAUGCGGCACCAGAAAUCAUUAAGCAUAAAGCCCAUGGUAAAAGUCUUGACUGGUAUGGAGUAGGAGUGCUACUUUAUGAAUUUUUAGUUGGAGUGCCUCCUUACUACGAUAGAGACUAAGAAAAGAUGUUCAAUAACAUUGUUAAUGGAACUAUUAAAAUUCCACUAAUGCUCUCAUAUAACGCCUAAGAUUUAAUUCAGAAAUUACUUAAGAGAAAUCCCUUAGAAAGACUCGGAGCAAAUAUAAAUGGUGCUUAGGAGAUCAAAGAUCACCCAUUCUUCUCUGGAUUGAAUUGGGAUGAUGUCAUAAAUAAAACUGUUUAACCAGAGUUUAAUAAGAAAAAAAUAGUAAGAACAGAGAAGAUCCCAAUUCAGGCUUAUAUUGAAAUGAUUGGAGAAACUUCUGAGAAUCGCUAUGAAAACUGGUCAUUCAUCAGAGAAUGA